AUGUCAGCUAACGAUUUCUACUCAUCUGGUAACCAAGGUGAAUACACCCCACAAGGAGGUAACAACAACAAUAAUGACAACCGUCAAGGAGGCGAACAACAAGACAGAGGAUUCCUCGGUGGUGUCGCUGGAAGUGUUCUUGGUGGAAUUGCCGGCGAUAAAGCUGGUGGACAAAACCAUGGUAAGUUAGGUACGGUGUUGGGAGUCAUUGGUGGUGCAAUUGGAGGAAGCAAAUUGCAAGAUGAAUUCAAGGAGCACAAGGAAGAAAACAAGCAUCACGGCGGAUCACAUGAGAGCUACUCUGCUUCGCAUGAAGAGAGAUAUGAUAAUGCAUCCGGUGCUGGUGGCUUCUUUGGUGGUGGAAGUGGUGGUGGUCGUCAUGAAGGUGGAUAUGGUGGUGGCCGUGAUGAUGGAUACGGCGGUGGUCGUCACGAAGGUGGUGGAAACUUUGGAUAUGGUGGUGGUCGCGAUGAUGGAUAUGGUGGUGGCCGUAAUGAUGGAUAUGGUGGUGGCCGUAAUGAUGGAUAUGGUGGUGGCCGUAAUGAAGGCGGAUACGAUGGUGGCCGUAAUGAAGGCGGAUACGGUGGCGGAUUUGGUGGCGGUCGUGACCAAGGUGGAUACGGAGACAGAAUGGAAGGUGGACGUCAGGGAGGUUAUGGGGGUGGUCAAGGUGGUUACGGUGGUGGUCAAGGUGGUUACGGUGGUGGUCAAGGUGGUUACGGAGACAGAAUGGAAGAGGGUCGUGGAGGAAGAGGUGGUUGGUGA